UUCACAUCCAGACCCAAACAAACGCUCCUUCCCACCACCUUUACCCGACGUCAGCCUGCAGCUGAGUGCAGCACCGCCCACACAUCAAUUCGAGAAGUCUUUCGAGCUGCUGGCCCCCCCAGCGUCCUAUCAUCAUGGCCUCUCAAGCAACCCCCACGCCGCAGGCGCCAAACCUCGAUCGCUAUGUCGUGAUACACGUUGCCACGACGUGCGACGAACACGGCGUGUACGUGACCAAGGACUCUGCUGAGGUCAUUGAGCUCGGCUGGAUCCUGCUGGACGCAAAGUCCUGCGAAGAGCUUCACCGCGAGAGCGUCCUCGUCAAGCCCGUCAACACUCCCAUCACUGCGUUGUGCACAAGCUUGACGACCCUGACCUGGGAUCAGGUCCGCAACGCCGGUUCGUUCAGAGACGCCAUCAACCGCUUCGACACCUUCGCACAGGAGCACAUCCUCCCUAACAACUACGAAUUCGCCUUCGUCACGCUCGACUCAUGGGACCUCCGUGUCCAAUUGCCCCGUGAGGCCCGCGAUAAGGCUGUCGUCCUGCCUCCAUACCUCCAGCACUCUCGCACAUUCGAUUUGCGCACCGAGUACCAGCGCUGGCAAGCACACCACCCAGAGUCACUGCCGUUCGGUUCGAGCGCCCUGACCAACAUCUGUGCCGCCCUCGAGGUGGAGCCUGUGCAGUCGUCAGCUCCCAUCAAACACAACCUCCCCUUUCACUUACAGGCGCUCGCCCCCGCUUCGCCAAGGCGGGCCAUGGAAGAGGCUGUCACACUCGCCAGAGUGCUUCGUGGUCUUAUCCGCAAGAGCCAACCGCCCCAGGAGCAUCCCGACGUGCUCACGAAGCCAAUGGAUGCUCGCGCCGACGUUCGUGCCUUCCUUUCCGAGCGCAGCAAGGUCCUCCACAUGAGCGGCCUUCCUCACGACACCACCCAGUCCGAGCUUGAGAGCUGGUUCACCCAGUUUGGCGGACGCCCGAUUGCGUUCUGGACGUUGCGCACCCCUGAUCAACACAAGCCCACUGGCACUGGUUUCGCCAUCUUCUCAUCCCACGAGGAAGCUGCCGAGAGUCUCUGCAUGAAUGGCCGCGCCCUGAACGAGAAGGCUAUCGAAGUCUCGCCAUCGUCCAGUCGUGUCCUUGACCGCGCCGCUGAGAUCAUCACCCCAUUCCCGCCCAGUAAGAAUAGGCCUCGUCCGGGUGACUGGAACUGCCCAUCGUGCGGCUUUUCCAACUUCCAGCGCCGCACUGCAUGCUUCCGCUGCUCAUUCCCCGCCAUGCAGCAAGGUCCCCAGGGCGGUGAUCCUAUGGGAUACGGUGGCUACGGCUACGGCCACCCUGGCAUGAUGGGCCCUCCUCAGCACCACAUGGGCGGUCACGGCCACGGCCACGGCAUGGGCGGUGGCCACAUGCGUGGAGGAACUGGCGUGGUUCCUUUCCGUGCUGGUGACUGGAAGUGUGGCGAGAACGGGUGCGGCUACCACAACUUUGCCAAGAACACGGCUUGUUUGCGCUGCGGAGCGAGCCGCGCGGGAGCUGCCGUUGUCGCUGACAGCGCCUUCCCUUCGCCUAUGGAUACUCCCUCAAGCUUCGGCAUGGGCCCUCCCUCCAUGGGCGGCACUCCCAAUGCUGGUCCGUACGGUCCUGCUGGCUACGCUCAGGGCGGCUUCCCACCUCAGCAGUACGGUGGACCGCCAAGCCAGUACGCUUUGCCUUCAGGUAUGGGUGCAGCUAGCCCCUAUCCUCCCAUGGGCGCGCAGUACUCUCAGAACGGCGGUAUGCACUCGACACCUUUCGACAGCCGUUCCGCCGAGGCUGCCUUCAGCGCGGCUGACCCAUACCCCAAUCAGGGCGCCCCCAAUGGUGGCGGCGACCCCUUCUCCUUCCUUUCUACCGGCUUCAACUCGCUGUCGAUGAACGAUGACCGUCGCAACGCUUCGAACUCGGCCAACAAGUCACCGGCGUAAGCUACUCGUAUAUAAGGUAUCACAUCUGCAUCCUCGGAUCUUGCACAAGCGAUUUGGUAUGGGAUGGUUUUUUUCGGACAGGCUGGCGCUGGCAAGAUUGAAUUCGGGGAGUUCAUCGUUCAGAAAUGGUUAAGAUCUCGUGGCAUUUGCAGGCUACCUGGCAUGGAAACGGGUCGGUGUGCGUAUAGACUGGGGACCUCAAGCGAUGGAGUUUGAUACCUUUAGCGGAUGGUGGUGUUUCGGGGUGGAUUUGCAACAAAAGCCGGACAGGAUAAAAGUACAGGCUCGGCUUUGCAGCGGCUACAGAGGCAGGUUGGAGCUUUGGAUCUGUUAGUCCGUCCCUU